AAAAAACAAGAGAGAGAGAAGGUCACUUUUCUUUUCUUUUGUGAGAGAGAGAGAGAGGCACAUUUGUCACUCCAAAGUCCAACAACAGUCCAACACAACCACCAGAAGAAGAAGAAGGAGGAGGAGGCAAAACUAGUGAUGGGCAUUUCACAGAGCAACACCAACAACAGAAGAAGAAAUCAUACCAACAACUGGAAUAAUCAUCCUUAUUAUGCUUACCCUUCUUCUUCUUACUCUUACUACUCACCUGACCCUACUUACCAUACCCACCCCCCUCCUCCUCCUCCUUUCCCUUUUCCACCUCAUCUCCUCCCACCCCCACCACCCCCCUCCUACACCUGCCACUGCACUAAUCCUACUGUUGUUGGUAGGUCUGUUUUUGCUCACAAUGAUUGGCCUGUUGGUUCUUACCUACCUCCUCCUCAUCAGGUGGUGGGGAUGGUUGCCCCAUCACCCUAUGGUGACACACAACAAGCCAAGAAAGUUAGGAGUGGUGUUAAUGUUCAUAAAGGUUCAUUAAAGCUUGAGCUUGAUGAGCACAACCCACAUCAACAUUUGGUUUCUUUUGUCUUUGAUGCUCUCUUUGAUGGAAACAUCACAGUGUUUUAUUUUGUCAAGGAAGAGCCUCAUUGCAGAUUUGUUCCAAUAUAUCCCCAUGUCCAUGUACCUAUAACAGUUCCUUUCCAGAGAGGACUUGGACAGAAAUUUCGUCAACCUUCUGGGACAGGCAUUGACUUAGGCUUCUUUGAAAUGGAAGAUCUUUCUGAACUGUCAUCAGAUGAGAAUGUGUUUCACCUGGUAAUAACUGCUACAACAUGCCUUCCAUCUGUUUUAACAGAGGAUCAUAUAAGUGAUACUCUGCAUAAAACGUCCCUCCAUAUGCAAAUUAGUCAAGCUGUAUUGGAGAAGGAUCAUGAAGGGGCUCUCAGAGUGAGAAUCACUAGGCAGAUUUUAUGGGUUGAUAAUGUUCGCUAUGAGCUGCAUGAGUUAUAUGGAAUUGGAAACUCUGGCCCAGAUUAUGAGAACAAUGGCUCAGGCAAGGAGUGUGUAAUAUGCAUGACCGAACGCAAAGAUACAGCAGUGCUUCCAUGCCGACAUUUGUGCAUGUGCAAUGGAUGUGCGAACACAUUGAGACUUCAGUCAAACAGAUGCCCAAUCUGCCGGCAACCAUUUGAAGAGCUCUUAGAGAUAAAUAUUAACAAUGGGGAUACCGAUGAGUGAGCAUUUCCUUGCAGAAACAAAGUAGCGAUCCUAAUAUCAUCAUAUGCGUGUCUCCUGUUUUCAACUCGUAAAUGUUUGUCCCUAUAUAUGUGUAGAUCUUCAUAUAGCCAGUUAAUCGCUUUUGUGUUGGCCAACUAUUUUUUCAUUCCUUGUGUUAUAUUGCAAUGUAAAUAUAACCUAGGCCAAUGGUCGGUCCGGAUGAAUUUGUUUCACUAUUUACUUAGCUAGCCGAGUGCCUCUUGUCUUGAAUAACUUACUUUCAUGUACUAAAAGUUAUGCUGCUCUGGAAAUAUGGUGCAUGUAAACAUUCAUGAAUGUUUGAUUUCUGACUAAAGUUUUAACAGUAUUGCUUACC